AUGCCAGCAUACAUUCCUCCAGUUGCAGCAAUGACCAGAUUGCCAACCAUCAUCGCGUUCACCUUAACAACUGUAAAGGGUCAAGCCAUCAUUGAUUUGCUGUCAAACUUUCCUGGUGAAAACAGUUGGAACAUUACUGAUAAUGUACCUAGCGAGCUACCAGAAAUUGCACUGAUGGAAAAAGUUAGAGCUGUUUGGACUUUACGUUUUGAUGAAUCCUCUACCACUUCUGAAGGAGGAGCUAGAAUAGUCAUGUCCAAGAAUACCAAAGAAACAGUGACUAUGUCAUCCAAGCUUGAUUUUCCAUGCACCAACAAUAUGGUUGAAUAUGAAGCAUAUCUUACGGGCCUAACGGUGGCUCAUGAAAUGGGUAUCAAACAUCUUCAAGUAAUUGGAGACUCAAAUUUGGUUGUUUGCCAAGCUAGAGGAGAUUUUGCACUUAAGGAACCAUCCUUAGCUCCAUACAGAGCUAUGGCCCAAAGGUUGGAGGGCUCCUUUGAAGAGUUCAAUAUUGAACACUCUCUAAGGUUCGACAAUUGUUUCACCGAUGCUCUAGCCACCUUAGGAUCAAAAGUCAGCUUUGAAGGUGCAACUACAGAUGUCACUAUUGUGAAAAGGCCUAUUCUAGUCGUACAAAUGCUGAAAGAAGAGUGUUGA